UUCUUAAAAUACAAAUAUCCUCGAAAAGAAAAAGAAAAAAACAAAAAAGAGAAAAGAGAAAAGAGAAGAAAGGUCCAAAUAACAUCGCAACAUUGGCAACCAUGGCUAGAUUGGUUCGAAGACUAUGUCCAUCUGCUAGUCAUCCCGAGGCUCCUCUAAAAUCAAUGACAAUCUCAUCAAAAUGUGCUGCAUGUUACGAAGGUCAUGAAAAUAAGCAAGGCUACAAGUGUAAUAUCUGCGAUUUGUAUCUCCACGAGGAAUGCAUUAACACCAACAUCCUUUCUCGUCAUACACACCCUCUCAAGCUCAACGAUAUGUAUUACUCAAAGACAUGUUCUCUUUGCCACACCAGUCCUACUUCAAUAAUUUAUCAAUGUUCACAAUGUUCUUUUUGUAUUUGUAUCCCUUGUGCGAGAAAACCUCUUAUCAUUAGCCAAAGUAAAGCCCAUGACCACGAACUCCUCCAAUUACCGAUAGAAGUCUCCUUCACUUGUUAUGCAUGUGGGUUGUGUGUUACAGAAUACCCGUGUAUUUGUCUUCAGUGUCGUUUUAUAAUUCAUAGAGUAUGCAUCUCCUUACCACGUGUUAUACGCAUCAAUAGACACGACCAUCGUAUCUCUCGUGUUUCUUCUCUUGGCCCUGGGAAGUGGAUUUGCGGGGUAUGUUAUGAGCAUGUUAAUGGAGAGUAUGGUGCAUAUUCUUGCUUGGCUUGUUCUUAUGUUGCUCAUUCAAAAUGUGCAACAUCUAUUUAUAGUUGGGAUAGGAUAGAACUUGAAGGGGUACCCGAAGAAGAAGAAGAAGUAGAAGAAAGAAAACCAUUUAAAGUGAUAGAUCACAACCAUAUCAAACAUUUUAGCCAUGAACACAAUCUGAAGGCUUCAUUAUCAUCAUCAAGACUCGAGGAACCCCGAGAACAUUGCUAUGCAUGCACCAUUCCUUUGUAUUCUGAAUUGUGCUAUAGAUGCACACAAUGUGAUUUUAUUCUUCACGAUGCAUGCGCAAAUCUCCCUCUGAAGAAAAGACAUGAGUAUAGCUCGCGAAAACUUAAGUUGUAUGCCAAAAGGCAGGACGCCAUACAAUAUUUUAGUUGUGGGGCUUGUAAUCGUUUUUGCACCGGUUUCUCAUAUAUGGAUGAGUACUCUCUAUUUAAGAUUGAUGUGCGAUGUGCUUUGAUUUCUGGUGCAAUCAAACAUGAAAGUCAUCCACAUUUGUUAGUUAUAACUCAGGACAUGGUCUCUAGCCGGAGGUGUGAUAGUUGUGACUCGUGAGAGAAUUGUGAAUGCGAUACUUUGUUGCGGGAUAUGCGAAGAGGAAUUAGAUUCAAAAAGUUGGUUUUACAAAUGCAAU